AUGGAAAUUGAGAGAAGUGAGAUUUCUUUAAAAACUCACCUAACGCCCAUUCAUUUCCAUUCUGUCUUCAUUUUUAUCCGUUUCUGUCAUUUAUCGCCUCCCGAUACCACAAAAUUUUCUUUUCUUUCAUUCUUGUCUGUCUUUUUUCUUUUCUUUUUUUUUAGUCACAAUCACUUUUCUUCUCGCAACUCCUUACUUCAUAUCUAUCAACCAUUCUCUCAUCUCUUUACUCAUAACUCUAUAUAUCUCUCAGUUUCUUUCUAUCUCUCUCCCUCCCUCUUGCUCUCCAUUAUUUCCCUCUCUUUCUCUCUCUUUAACCCCCCUCUUUCUAUCACAAUAGCUCGUUCAAUCAAUUGUUUUCCUCUCACAUCAUUUUUUCUUUUCUAUUUUUUCCUGUUUUCAUUUUUUUCUGUUUACUAUCUCUAUCACUUGAUUUGUUUCUAUUUUUCUUUUCUUUCCCUCUUGCUCAUUUUUAUUACCGAUUUUAUGUUCCCUUUCUUUCUUUCUUUCUUUUUUCUUUCUUUUUUAUUACUUUUCUUAAUCAAAUUACGUAUUUUCUUACUUUUCUCUCUUCGUCAAUUAACAAUAUCUCCAUUUGAAUUAUUCCCAUCUACUUCCCACAAUCUAUCUAUCUCUGAAUUUCAUAUCUAUCUCAGUAUGUUCAUAUCUAUCUAUCUAUCUAUCUAUCUAUCUAUCUAUCUAUCUAUCUAUCUAUCUCAGUCUGUUCAUAUCUAUCUAUCUAUCUAUCUAUCUAUCUAUCUAUCUAUCUAUCUAUCUAUCUAUCUCAGUCUGUUCAUAUCUAUCUAUCUAUCUAUCUAUCUAUCUAUCUAUCUAUCUAUCUAUCUAUCUCAGUCUGUUCAUAUCUAUCUAUCUAUCUAUCUAUCUAUCUAUCUAUCUAUCUAUCUAUCUCUUUCAGAUUUUCACCACUUUUUUUCAUAUCUGUCUAUCUCGUUUUCAUAUCUAUCUAUCUCAGUCUUUUCAUAUCUAUCCCAGUCUUUUAAUAUCUAUCUAUCUAUCUAUCUAUCUAUCUAUCUAUCUAUCUAUCUAUCUAUCUAUCUAUCUAUGCCUGUCUAA